GUGGAAGACUGGUGACGACAAAUCCAACAUGGCUGCCAGUGUGCGAAUUUGUUUUUGUCUGAGAAAAUUCGCGAACAGAGCCUCUUGUAUUCAAGGGUUUAGACCCAGAAUUUCCUCUGAAGCAAGAGUAAGGUUUAUCUCUUCAUCUAGAGCUGCUUAUUCAGCAAGUGACGAAAUUGAAUCGAAUCCUUUUUACGAGAAAUAUGCCGAGAGGAUCAAGAAAGUCAGAAAUGAGAUCAAGGAAGGCAGACUAGAAGAGAAGAGUUUAGAGGAGAAGUUCUGUCUAGAUGCCAAAGUGAGAGGAGAAGCUGAAAGAUUCAAAAAGAAGCUCCAGCAAAGGGCUGCUGAUAGUGCGCUUCUUGGAAGCAAUCCUUUGUCGUCCACUGGAGAAGCGUCUACAUAUGGACAGAAGACCUUAAACUCCAUUAUGCAUCUGGAUAAAAUUAUGGACAAAAGUGCAGAAGAAAUUGGACAGAUUUGGCGAGAAUAUCACAAAGAUAAGGACUGCAUCAGUGCUGUCAUCCCAGUAUGUUUAAUAAUGACGUAUUGAAAUUUUGCUAUAAACUUGUUAUUAACAUUGUUUGCAGUCCUUUUAUUUUCUGUAUUUGUCUGUAAUAUUCCUUCAAUCUUUGACCCAGUUACAGUAGUUAAUGGAUGUUAUUGUAUGGAAAGCAGACAAGAGACUUCAAACUUCCUAGGUCAAGCAGUAAAAAAUAUUGCCACUUGCGGUGUUUACUUAUCUACGUUGAAAAACUAUGGAUACAAGAAGCCCUGUGAACAAAACCAGCCAUUCACUGACGAUAAAAAAUGGUUGUUAUUUAUCGUGUUUGGUUUAAAGUGUUACUUCUUGUUUACAAAGCUCUUUUAAAAUAAUCAAGCAACUGACUAAUAUAUAAAGGACUUUUAAAACAUAAAGACUAACACAACUUAUCGCGUGUGCUCCCAAGACCAUAACCUCCUCGCUGUUCCCAGAACCAAACACAGAACAUUUAGGGGUGGCGAAUGGUAAAUGCGAGACUUUGCGAGACGGCGAGACAAGCGUUUUUCUUUGCGAGCUCGAGACAU